CGAUGCUUCGGAUUGGUUCGGCUGGUUCGUGCUCGAAAUUGAGAUUUUGAAAGAAAAAAAGAGCUCUGAAUCAUUGAAAUCAGCUUAAUUCCAAUCUGAAUCUGCAAAAAAGUCUUACGUCACACUCCCAUGUAGUAGCCGUCACUUCUCGUCUUCCUCCUAGAGAUUACCCAACUCUCUCGCUUCUUCUUUUUCCUCUUAGGGUUUCUUCAUCCUUUAGGGUUUCCACAAAAAUUCAAAACCUACUUGGAAAUAUUUGGGCUUGAAGAAGGAAGAAUUAGAUGGAAGGAAGAAGGAUUACGGCAAGCCCUAGACCUUGUAGUGGAAGAAGAAUUGUGGCUAAGAAAAGGUCUCGACCCGAUGGAUUCGUCAACAGUGUUAAAAAGCUUCAACGAAGAGAAAUCUCUUCUCGUAAAGAUCGAGCUUUCUCUAUUAGCACCGCCCAAGAGAGAUUUCGUAACAUGCGUCUCGUGGAGCAAUAUGAUACUCACGAUCCUAAAGGGCACUGUUUAGUUGCAUUACCGUUUUUGAUGAAGAGAACUAAAGUUAUUGAGAUUGUUGCUGCAAGGGACAUUGUUUUUGCGCUUGCACAUUCUGGUGUUUGCGCAGCUUUUAGUAGAGAGUCGAACAAAAGAAUAUGCUUUUUAAAUGUUAGUCCAGAUGAAGUCAUCAGGAGCUUGUUCUACAACAAGAACAAUGAUUCUCUCAUCACAGUUUCUGUUUAUGCUUCAGACAAUUUCAGCUCUUUGAAAUGCAGAUCCACUAGAAUUGAGUAUAUUCUGAGAGGUCAGCCGGAUGCAGGGUUUGCUCUUUUUGAGUCUGAAUCAUUAAAGUGGCCUGGUUUUGUUGAGUUUGAUGAUGUCAAUGGAAAGGUGCUGACUUAUUCUGCGCAGGACAGUGUAUACAAGGUGUUUGAUCUGAAAAACUACACCAUGCUAUAUUCGAUAUCAGAUAAAAAUGUCCAGGAAAUUAAAAUCAGUCCAGGGAUAAUGUUAUUGAUCUUCAAGAGAGCUGCCAGUCAUGUUCCUCUGAAGAUUCUGUCGAUAGAAGAUGGCACUGUUCUCAAGUCCUUCAAUCAUUUGCUUCACCGAAACAAGAAAGUUGACUUCAUUGAACAAUUCAAUGAGAAACUUCUUGUUAAGCAAGAGAAUGAGAAUCUUCAAAUUCUUGACGUCAGAAAUGCUGAGCUAAUGGAAGUUAGUAGAGCUGAGUUCAUGACACCGUCUGCAUUCAUAUUUCUGUAUGAGAACCAGUUGUUUCUGACAUUCAGGAACCGGAACGUUUCUGUGUGGAACUUUCGCGGAGAGCUCGUUACUUCCUUUGAGGACCAUCUUCUAUGGCAUCCAGACUGUAACACUAAUAAUAUCUACAUUACAAGUGAUCAAGAUCUGAUCAUCUCGUACUGCAAAGCAGAUACCGAAGAUCAGUGGAUAGAAGGAAAUGCGGGAUCAAUCAAUAUCAGCAAUAUAUUGACUGGGAAAUGCUUAGCUAAAAUAACACCAAGCAGUGGGCCUCCAAAAGAUGAUGAGAGCAGCAGCAGUAAUUGUAUGGGAAAGAACUCAAAGCAAAGAAGAAACGCUGUAGCUGAAGCUUUGGAAGACAUAACCGCUCUUUUCUACGACGAAGAACGCAAUGAGAUAUACACAGGAAACAGACACGGCCUUGUUCAUGUGUGGUCCAAUUGAUUUCACAUACAUCGUCAUCGUUAGCUGCUACUACUACUACUACGAAUGUAUCAUUUGGUUUCCUUCAAUUGUGUGUAGCGAUAAAUCUUUUUAACUUAGUGUCUUUGAGCAGCCAUCUGUGUUGUAAACCAUUUGUGGGCAAGUGUGCGCGUCAGAAUGCCAGUUGUGUACACUAAUACCAUUGUACGUAACAUUUGGGUUUUGACAAUUCUAUGAAAGACCCUUUAUUCCACCUGUAAGGUCUCACUUUAAUUUUCAAAAUUGACUUGAUUCAGAUAGUUGAGCAUCAACUUUGUAUGAUUACACAAAAACAAGCGAUUGAUAGAAAAUCAUCUCAUUGC